CCUCUUUGAAACAAAGAUCAAAUAUAAACACCAUUAAGCCAUAGUGCAGGGGGUGAUUUGUAUAGAAUUGGUUUACUUGAACUUUAUUGCAUCGCUGAGUGCCCCAUUAAGAUACCGUGGAAAGUGCCAUAAUUGCUUUUGAACAACUCCGUGCAAAUAGUCUAUUGAUAGACGCCAUCGAGGUAAAAGCCCCGUCGUGCUGUACAAUUUACACGAAGAGCAGGUAAAUCACACCUCGUCGUGUGACAGAGGCUCAAAGUGUGGCGUGAACGCUGCAGGUGAGCCCGCGGUCUGUGGAGACACGCUGCACGCGCACGCCCGUUAAUUGAGUUCUGUUGCUCACUCAAGCCUUAAUUGGUUUACCACGAGAGCUGCUGUUUAAUGGACCGAGCGCACACUCGCUAAAGGCUAAUGGCCAGCAAACAUGGCGAGAGUGCAGUGACGGCCGCGGCUCCGUGUUUGUUAUGGCCAGGGGCCCUUCGUGCAGGGACCUCACACGCGCGCUAAAUGGUGUUAAAUGAUGCAUUUAGAGAAGUGUAAUGGGUGCAUUUUAAAAGUCAGAAAAGUGUAGGUAAAUGAAGAAAGCUUGUGGAAAUAUACUGUGGUUGUUUGAGCUUUCAAUCCGAGUUUCCAGGACAACUGUCUGUCCAUCCACGUCUCUUAUCUGGCAGGUCAACCAAUGUUUGCGCCCAUACAUAUCGAUUUAUCGGCCGCAGUGUGCAGACAGAGAUAUAUCCGUAUAAAUUGUCGAUCCUUCAUUGUUUGGCGACAAUCUUACAUGACAAACAUGUGUCUUUCGUGCGCUUUAGACUAAUAAGAGCCUCUUUAACCUACUCUGUGUGUGCAGGCGGGGUGUUCGAGACUCACCCGCUCUCUUGUGUGUUGCUGCUGUGGGGGCAAACACAGGUGGGUGCCAGGUAAACGCUGCGGUAUUUACAGAGUGGCAUUGAUUUACGCGCUGACGGCCGUUCUGUUCAAUUUACUGAAAAAUCCCACAAGCGACAGAAUAUCCUGGAAACUUGGGGCUGUGGGUCUGCCGUUUUGAGCAAACAGUGAGACCAAUGGCUUUGACGCUGCAGAGUCACAUGGUGGCUGAGUGACACACCUGUGCGGAGCCGCGAGGGCCUCGCAGUUGCGCCACAGCCAGGUAGGGCAGCAGGUCCACGCCGAGGCAGGGCGCAAGUACGGUACAUGUGCGGGUCCUCGGAAGCCAUGAAUCGGGAAGAUCAUUACUAUCCUUCUCAGGUUUUUAAAGACUCAUGCGCCUACCAGAGAUCCCAGGGUGAGGACUACAACCACAGCCCGCCGCCCUGUCUCUACAUGAGCAGGCCGGUCCACUCCGUCUACACACCGCCGUCUAUGGGAGCCCUGGAACAGGCCAGUCUGCCGGACAUUGCCAGCUCUUACAGUCUACCCUUGCGGGAGGAUCCAGGUGUGCCUCAGCUUCAUCAUCCUCAGGGCCUCCAGCAGCAGCCUCUCCCGCCCGCUGAAAGCUAUGGAGACCCCGGGGAACAGAGCAGAUAUCACCUCCCUUUCCCCUGGAUGAAAACCACUAAAUCUCACUCACACACCUGGAAGGGACAGUGGGCAGGGCCAUACGUGAUGGCUGAGACGGAGGAAAACAAACGCACGAGGACGGCCUACACGCGCGCCCAGCUGCUGGAGCUCGAGAAGGAGUUCCUGUUCAACCGCUACAUAUCGAGGCCGCGCCGCGUGGAGCUGGCGUUGACCCUCAGUCUCACCGAGCGCCACAUCAAGAUCUGGUUCCAGAACCGGCGCAUGAAGUGGAAGAAGGAGGAGGACCGGAGGAGGGUGAGGGGCGCCGACCCGGACCAGGACUCCUCCAUCACCUCCGGAGACCAGGCGGAGGCCACUGGAAGGGUCUCGUCCACCAACGGACCUCACACCACCUCACCCCCUGUUUCCCCGCUGCUCGUUCAUUCCCGCUCGGUUCCUGGGUCCCGAGAGCCCGCAUAGACCCGCACGAGGGUCUCAUGACUCAUAUUACAUUGUUUUUUUUUUUUAUUGGUUGUUUGUUUGUUUUUUCCCCCAAAUACACUUUUUAAUCAGCCCCAUCUGAGAGGAUUUAUAUUUGUAGGAAUAAAUUGAGAUUUUCCCGGGACCCCCUUAAACUCUGUUCCAAGACCAUCCACAUUCCCUGGUUACCCCUGGGACACCUCUACAUCCCACUGCGCUUACCGUGCACGCUUUGAGGUUUUACGCGAGACAAACAAAUCAUGCAAAGGCCGCCUACUUUUCCCCCCUUUUCAGACACAUGAACAUGGACUCAGUUUCACAAAUCCACGGUCUAAUUUUACGACGUAUUGUUUUUCACCUCAGAUGAUGAAACACGCAAUCAAGUUUAUGAAUGUAUAUAGGCGUAAUACAACUGUAUUUGUCAUAUUGUCAUUUUCCAUGUGUACAUAAGGUUGGGCUACAUCGUGUAAAUUGCUAAAUUGGAAUCAACGAUACACAUAUUUUAUUGUCUGAAGAAAUCGCUGUGCAAUAUAAUGAUUGAUUAACACACAUAAUAAAUUUGGUCACAGCCCAUA